UCAAUCUUUUUUUUUUUGUAAGUGAGCAUUUUUUAAUCAUCGAAUGCGCAGCGAAUCUUUGUAAUAUUUUGUGUGUGUAAUUAUAAUCUUGUGAAUAAAUAAAAUUUAUUCUUGAAAUCUACAAACAGAUAACCAUUGUUUUCCUAAAAGUGUUGGAUCGGAUACAACUUACUAUUGAUAGAACAACGGCAACAAAUAACAGCAUUAGUCAGAUGGAUUUGAAAAAGGAUCAAUCAACACUACCUACUAAAGAGUUGACGCAAUAUAUGGGAUUUCUCGCCAUCACAGAAAGAUUAGCAGAAACAUCUGCAUCAUCAGCUACAACGUCAUCAAACGUGAUAAAAGAUUCGUAUGGCCGACCUAUCAAAGUACCUCCAGUAGAUCCCAAGAAUUCGUUCGAUUGUGAUUGUAUGGACAUGAUACCACAAUUCGAUGGAAAAUCAAGCAAUUUUUUGUCAUUUAUAAAAUUAUUUGAUGCUGCAGUAGGCACAACCACUGCAAUCGACGAAAUCAAGUUGAUAUGUUUGAAAAAAAAGUUGGAUAACAUGAGUCGCGAUCUGAUCGCAGGCAUAGAUCAUAAUUACGAAUAUGCAUAUUCCAUAUUAAUGCAAAAAUAUUGUGACCCGUGGGUGGUAAAACAAGAUUUCCUGAAAGAAAUUGCGGAGCUACCAAACAUUAAGGACCCGAGCCAAAUUGAUAAAAUGAUGAGUAAUCUGGGAAUAAUAAGAAACCGAUACAAUCAAAUAUGUGAAGACCCAGAUCAUCAAGAAUUCUUAGAACAGGAAUUAUUCUAUGAAAUCUGUAAUAAGUUCCCACGGGUAAUUGCGGAUAAAUCAUAUAAUUUGUCUGGAAAGCCAGAACGUAUCCAUGUAUUCAUGGAAGACGCAGAACUAAUGAUUUUUGACUGGAGAAAGAGACAAAAUUACCAAAGAAUAAUAAUGCGAAGAAAUUGAUAUGACGAUUGAAGAAAGAAAACAGAUUUAUAGAAGAAAAGAAUCUUUGUUAUACAGAUUUCUUAUCGAUAAUCACCAAACAGAAUUAUGUCCAAAAAAAAGAAGAAAUGGCUGUU